AUGCGUGCGGGUACCUCCAAGGGUCUAUUCAUCCACCGCCAUGACUUGCCAGCUUCAGAGAAGGACUGGGUAAAGCCUCUACUCGCGGCUAUGGGCUCGCAAGGUUCAGAUGCUCGGCAGAUUGAUGGUGUAGGCGGGGCGACAUCGACGACAUCAAAGGUUGCUGUUGUAUCACCAUCAACAAGAGUGGGCGUUGAUGUGGAUUAUACGUUUGUACAGGUCGCUGUAGGACAAGAAACAGUAGAUUUUAGCGGCAACUGUGGAAACAUGUGCUCAGGCGUUGGACCAUUUGCUCUUCAAGAAGGUUUGGUUCGUGCUAGUCCCGGGGAGCGAACUCUUGAUGUCCGGAUAUUUAACACAAACACAUCACGGAUCAUUGUUGACACUAUUCAAGUCGACGAAGACGGAUCCUAUGAGGAGUCUGGUGACUACGCGAUUCCGGGAGUCAAGGGAACUGGUAGCGAAGUAAAAGUUGCUUUUGUCGAGCCUGCGGGCAGUAUGACUGGAAAACUAUUCCCUACUGGCAAUCGCUGCGACACCAUCGAUGUCAAGGGGAAUGAUGGCCACCGGUUUUCGGUCAAGGCAACUUUGAUUGAUGCCGCCAAUCCCUUUAUUCUCGUGGACGAAAGGACACUACCGCCAAAUCUCAAGACGGGAAGCAAAGGCUCAGCAAGCUAUCUCGAGCAAAUGGAGUCUAUUCGGCGUGUUGGUGCUGUGAUGAUGGGCCUUGCUCCGAAUGUAGCUGCAGCGGCAAAGGUUCGAGGUACGCCAAAGUUGGCCAUCCUAUCGUCUCCUCAAUCAGGUGGUUUAUCCAGAACUCCAGACGUUCAUGUCCAGGCAUUCAGCAUGGGAAAGCCUCACCCGAGUCUGCAGCUUACAGGCGCGGCAUGCCUAGCAUCAGCGGUAUGCAUCCAAGGAACAAUUGCACACGAACUCGCAGAGGAUGCUGGAAUACAGUCUUCGUGGCAAUCAACGCCCGAGCGUACACCAAGCCCAUGCUCAGAUUCGGACGAGAGCUCGUCCGAUCUACUGCCGAAACAACAGACAGUCACUCUUGCUCACCCGAGUGGACAAAUCAGUGUCGAUGCUUUGUGUACAAGCUCAGAAUCAUUCGCGUAUGUUGAUAGGUGUGUUGUUUCUCGGACAGCCCGGCGUAUAUUCGAAGGCAAGGUCUACUACUAUACGGAUGAGGCUUGA